UCACGGUGUAAUCAUACACGACGCUGAAGCUGCCAGUCAGUUGCCUGCUGAACGUUAAAGAGAGUUUAUCUGCUGUAAAAAUGUCGGAAGGAUAUAAACUAGGAGAUCUCGUAUGGGCGAAAAUGAAAGGAUUUCCACCAUGGCCUGGCCGGGUUGAAGCACCAAAUCCUGACUCUAAAAAACCAGCCAAUGCAAAGAAAAAUCCUGUGCAAUGGAUAUUUUUCUACGGAACUAGUAACUAUGCUUGGAUCGAAGAAUCACACAUCAAACCAUACCAUGAGUACAAGGACACAUUAGUGAAAUCUAGUAAAACUGGGCAAUUUAAAGAGGCAGUAGAAGCUAUUGAAGAAUAUAUUGCUAACGGAGAAGUGAGGGUUCCAACCAAUGAUGUCUCUGACACAAACUCCGUUUUUGAUAGACUAAAAGAAGAAGAAACAUCUGAAAAGAAGAGUCCAAAAAUUACAAAACCACGAAAGGAGCCUACUCCAAAGACAAAAAGAGUGGACAAUAGUGCUGAACGUCGUCCUGCGAAAAAACAACGUCGAGAAUCCAGUACAAGUAAUAGUGCUAGCAAUCGCGUUGGUAGCGUAAGUCCAACAUUAAAUCAUUCUCCCAGUCCUCCGAGAAAAUCAGGAUCAACACUCCUUAAUAGACCUGCCAAUAUAGCAAGACCUGUAACUCCUCCCCUAGACGUGGAAACACUAUCUCAAACCCUGAAAGAGAAAAACAUAAUGCCGUCAAAUUUAAAGUUCGGUUUUCUUGGGCUCGGAAUCAUGGGCAGCGGUAUCGUGAAAAAUCUAAUCAACAGUGGUCAUAGCGUUAUUGUUUGGAACAGAACUCAAGAAAAGUGUGCAGACUUUAUUAAGGCUGGUGCUGAACAUGGUCUAACACCUUCUGACGUUGUGUUGGCAGCAGAUAUUACAUUCUCUUGUGUUGCUGAUCCACAGGCUGCUAAAGAUAUGGUAUUUGGUAAUUGUGGAGUCUUGAUAGAAAUGACACCAAACAAAGGCUACGUAGAGAUGACUGGAAUUGACGCAGAAACAUCUCAAGAUAUUGCUGAAGCAAUCAAUUCAAAAGGUGGCCGUUAUCUUGAAGCUCAAGUUCAAGGUAGCAAAACUCAUGCUCAAGAAGGGACUUUAGUAAUACUCGCAGCGGGAGACAAAUCGCUUUUUGAUGAAUGUCAUUCGUGCUUUGAAGCGAUGGGCAAGAAUACCUUUUAUCUAGGAGAAGUAGGAAAUGCUUCCAAAAUGAAUUUGGUGCUGCAACUGAUGGCUGGUGUAACUCUUGCUGGACUCGCUGAGAGUAUGGCAUUGGCAGAUCGUGCGGGUCUUCAACAAAAAGAUGUCCUUGAAGUACUUGAAUUAACUUCAUUGGCAUGCCCAGCGAUAUUAGAUAAAGGAAAAGCUAUCAUUGAAGGUGGAUUCCCAACUCAAUUACCACUUCAACAUAUGCAGAAAGAUUUAAGACUUUCCCUCGGUAUGAGUGAUCAAUUAGAGCAACCAUUACCUUUAGCCGCAGCAGCUAAUGAGGUCUACAAGCACGCCAAACGUCUUGGUUAUGGAAAACAUGAUGCAUCCGCUGUUUACAUUAGAGCUAGAUUCUAACCUAGCCGGGGCAUACCGUGCUUUUGCUACACUGUAUUUAUUGCAAUAUCUAAAGUUGUUUUCCGACGCAAGCAAACUGAGACAUUAAUUUUCUUUAGUUUAUUUUACUCUUUUGAUAGUUUCCUCAUGAUCCUAGACCAGUAACCGAUUAUUAAAAAUUAUUAUUAUUAUAACAAUUAUAAUUAUUAUUCUUAUAAAUUAAUUGAUGAAAAAAAUUUCACUAAACGACGGCACAAAAUACUAAAAAAACGCGGAUGGGUCUCUUUAAUGGUUUUUUAAGCUUUCGAAAUUAAUCCUGCGUCGCAUUUUUUUAUCAUUUAUUUUUCUUAUUACAAAUAACUGAAAAAUAAAAUGUAGAAUACGAAAUGGAGGAGAUUGCUUUCAAAAUAAAUCUCAGUUGUUUGUAAUAAUAUCUGUCGAAAGUGUUUAUUUGCUAUUGUUAUUAGUAUAUGAUUAAAAAUAAAUUAAUUACUAAACAAAAAAUAUGAAAAUCAUCUUUCGACAUAUGUAAUGAGUAGGUGACCUAGUAAAUUACAAGAAGAUACGACUUUUAUUAUUGACGCGUUUUAAAAUGUGCCUUAGAAUGCCACUCGGUAAGAAAACAUUUAUAUUCAUUAAAAAAGAAGUAAUGAAAAUUUGUCUUAUCACAAAAGAUCAUAAACUUUAGAUUAAUUUUUUAGAAACCUAAUACAUAAUUUUUUAUUUCUUUAUAUGGAUCAUCUAUUCCAACUAUCUUAUCUUUAUAAUUUAAAUAUUGUUUAAUGAAUGAUGAAGUCAAUUUCGGAUGUAUUUAAUAUUAUAAUUAAUUGAAAAAAUUUUAAUUAUGUGUGCGAAAUUACUUUUGGCUUUUUUAAUCAUAUUUAUGGUUAAUUAAUGGCCAGUUGUAUUGGAAACAACAUAUGACA